CCUUUACCUUGGCCUCCUUAAAGGUGUAGAUAGCUCCUUCCUGGCUGCUGCUCCACGCUGACCAUCGUCGACGGUGUACCCGAUCCAUGACCAUCCUCCCUUCUUCUUCGACGAACAUGGCUUCUACUGCUGCUCCCCACCACCCUUCCUACGCCCGCGACUAUGGCUACGACGAUGAAUACGAUGCAGCCCCGCACUACCGACCUCCUUCCGGUCCUCCUCCACCAGCAGCAGCAUCAUCCAGGAUGGGUCCAGGACCCAACUUUGCCCGUCCUCCUCGUCCAGGAGCAGGUGGACCUCCCCCGCCCGCCUACCAGAGAGUGAUGCAACGCAUCUCACUCCGUCCAGUACUCCUCUUCACCACUUCCAUAUCUAUCCUCUACCUCGUAUUCAGCGCAGCCGUCUCUCUUCGCUCCUUGAAUCAAACAGGCGAGACGGGAAAGCUAAAGACCUUUGAUGUCAUCCUCGGAAUUCUCCUCCUGGUAGCAGCCGUCGUAGAACUUUUGGGACUCUCAGCAGCCUGGACUUCCCGACUGAGCUGGGCGACUCUGUAUGCCCGCGCAAGCACAAUUGCUCUAGCACUCGUAGUUGGCGCGGAAGUCGUAGGCAUUGUAGAGCACUACGUAGCCAAGACGGACCUCAUUGCUGGAUGUACCACCAGAAAUACUGGCACCAACAGUGACACUGAUUCCAGCUGGUGGUUGUGGGGAUCAGGAUCGGAUGGGGCGUCUACCACCAUGACGGCUGCCGAGGCGCAGGCGUACUGUGAGGCGCGAUGGAGCAGGACCACCGCCUGGGUCAUCAUCUGGUAUGUACGGACAGUCCAAAUCAUUGUUGCGAUCGACACACUCACCCCCUGCUCCACAUUCUCCCUCACAGGCUCAUCAUCGUCACCGUCCUCGGUAGUCUCUUUGUCCUCCUCGCCUUUGCUUUCCUCCGCCAACUUCGGGACCCUUCCCUAUCUCGAUCCAGUCGCAGAGGCGUUUCGGGCGCAGGAGCCUACUCCUCCGCAUUCAACGACGACGACGAGACCAGUCCCUUUGAGAGCAGUAGACCUGACGGGGGACCUUACGCCUAUUCCUACCCACCUCCACCAAGCUCUCCCCUCCCGCCAAGAGGUAGAGGUGUAGGUGCUGCGCCUUCCCUUCACUCCGAAGGAGGGUUCAGCGCUUCCUCUUCUGAUGCACCAGAGUAUUCUCCCAACCCCGAAGGAGCUCUACCGAGGAAGAGUAUGCAGAGCAUCGAUCUGGACCGGAAAGACUCACGUGGACCUGGAGGGGUGGGGGAGUAUGAGUACGAAGAUGGAUAUGUUCUCAAUUAUGGUGGAGGUGGGGGAGCGAGGGGUAGGCCGGAGAGUAGUCGAUCCGUCAGGCAGAUUGGAGGAGAGGAGGGGCGAAGAUCGGAUGAGACGCUUCGUGGAGAUGGAGAG